AUGGACGGCCCCGGGGAGGCGGCCAUCGUCUCGGGCCCGAGUCCACGGUGGGGUGCCAGGGAAGAAAUUUGGUAUGCAGAGUUUGAAUUUUGUUUUUUGUUUUUUAUUCAUUUGUUUGCCAAGGCGGUAGGUAAUCCCGAGGACAAUCGGCCGAGCUUAAACUCCUGCAAGAGAACUCCAUACAACGACUUGCCCUCUUCCCCUCCCCCGAAAUAUCUACCGGCAGCAACCGCAACGAUCAUCACCGUCCAAGCAGCAGCUCCUCCCCCCAAAGCGGCACGUGAGACCGCCGCAGCAGUCCCGCGAGCUGUAGCACCCGAGGCCGGGGACCGCGCAGGUCUGGCGCUGGGCGAGGCUGGCUGGCACGGCCGCGACGGCUGCGAUGGCGAGGCCGGCGGCUGCGAGCGUUGUGAGAAGAAUGGCGUCUGGGAGAUGAGAUGUAAGUCUGAGAGAGAUGAGUCGGCAAACCGAGGCUUUUAUAUUGGUGAGAUUGGCUACGAGUCAACACGUCAAAAACGUGUAUCAGACCAGCUCGCGGUCGUCGUCACGGUCAGGCUGGCUCCUGAGACAUGCUGGCAGCGGUCGGGCUGUCGCCGAUGGAGUUCUGGUCAAUAUGCAGAGAACGAGGAAGGUGAUAACCUGAUCAACAUAGCGAGCCGAGAAUUAGGCCAAUGA